GGCGCACGCCACCAACACGCAGCUGGGCACGGAGAGCGCCAGUGGCGCCACCACACUGCGAGUGGUCGCGGGCGGCGAGGAGGAGGUGGCGCCCCAGAUCGUGGUACCGCCUGCUGACCUCGAGGCCAUGCAGGGGGAUAUCGCCAAGUUGAACUGCGUGGCCAAUGCCAGACCGCUGUACAGCCUCGAGACCACGUGGUUCAAGGACGAAGCGCCGAUUGGCCAGGCGGGCGUGGCGUACUCGUUCGAUGACCUAUGGAAUCGCACGCUCUCGCUGCUGGCGGUGGGGGCGGAGCACGCGGGCGUGUACUCGUGCCACGCGCGCCUCCGGUCGGCGACCUUCCCAGAGGUCACCGCCCAGGCCAGGGUCAUAGUGCUGGAACGGCCGCACAUCGACACGCCGCUGCCGGCGGCGACGCUGGGCGACCUCGGCCGGACGGUGACCCUGCGCUGCGUGACCCGAGGUCGACCCCAGCCUCAGGCCACGUGGUACCGCGACACCGUGGACGUGGCGUCCAUCGGCUCCGAGGGCAGGUACACGACGACAACGAACGGCAGCCUGGUGAUCCGCAACCUCAAGGUGUCCGACACGGGCAUGUACCAGUGCAUCGCGACCAACCAGGCGGGCGAGGCCACCAGCUACACCUGGCUGAGAGUCAAGUCUGUCGUGCUGGGUCGGCUGCGGUCUCGUAUGGUGGCGUCCAAGCGGCGCGCUCAGCUGAGCAGAAGACAGGCGACGGCGCCCUCCAGCCCGGUGAUGCUGCAGCCGCCGGAGAACGUGACGGUGCUGGAUGGCCAGGACGCCACCCUGACGUGUCGGGCCGAGGGCGCGCCCCCGCCCGACACACAGUGGCUCUUCAACGGCAAGCUGCUGGAGGACACGGGCGGCGGCCGGGUUCAAGUGCUGGAGACUGGCGACCUCCUCAUCACCGGCGUGCGGCCCGAGAACAGCGGCCUCUACACGUGCCAACGCCAGAAUGACGUGGGCCAGGUGUCCGCCUCGGCCGUCCUCAGCAUCAUGGUGCGCACACAGAUCAUCCAGCCGCCGGUCGACUCAAAAGUCAUCCUGGGUCACGUGGCCAGCCUGCAGUGCGGCACGUCGUCGUCGCCGGGCGUGACGGCACAGGUCACGUGGUCACACGACGGUCGCAAGCUGACAGCGUCGUCGCGAAUUCGCAUGCUGCCUGACGGCACACUGCAGAUCCGCGAGGUUCGCGCCGCAGACGUCGGCCGCUACACGUGCGAGGUGGUCUCUUCGGGCGGUAACGCGUCGCGCGCGGCCGAGCUGGUGGUGGUGGAGCUGCCAUACCCGCCCACCAACGUGCGCGCCCAGAAGGUGGCCUCGCUGCAGAAGGCCGUGCGGGUCACAUGGACGGCCGGCUUCGACGGCAACUCGCCACUGCUCAAGUUCAUCGUGCAGAGCCGACGGGUGCCCAUCAGUAGCAUGGUAACGGGCACGGCGCCCGAGCUGGGCAACACCUGGACGACCGAGAUGGCCAACGUGUCAGCUGACGCCCGUGACGUCACACUAACUGGCCUGACGGCGUCGGCCGCCUACCAGUUCCGUCUGUCGGCCGUCAAUGGCGUCGGUGAAGGCAGCACCAGUCGACCCAGCAAUAUCGUGCUGCUGCCGCAGGAGGCGCCGUCGGGGCCGCCGCAGGGCUUGGUCGGGUCGGCGCGCAGCAGCGCUGAGAUCAUGACCCAGUGGCAGGCGCCGAGGGACGAGCAUAGGAACGGCCAGGUGCUGGGCUACAUCCUGCGAUAUCGGCUGCACGGAUACACCAACGCUCCCUGGAGCAACCGCAACAUCACCAACGAGGCUCAGCGGAAUUACCUAAUCCAGGACCUAAUCACGUGGAAGGAUUACGACAUCCAGGUGGCGGCCUAUAACAGCAAGGGCACCGGCGUCUUCAGCAGCUCCAUCACCGUAAAGACGCGCGAGGGAGUGCCGGAGGCGGCGCCUACUGAGCUGAGCGCUGAACCGGUCACCUCGACCUCUGUCAAGGUCAGCUGGGUGCCGCCCGACCCGCAGAAGAUCAACGGCAUCAAUCAGGGCUACAAGCUGCAAGCCUGGAAAGGUGACCCCGCCUUCUUGGACGAGCCGAGUGUGACGCUGACGGUGGCGCCCUCUCCGCUGGACCCGCUGGCGCGCCAGACGGCGCUGCUCGAGGGCCUCGCCCGCUACACAGCCUACAACAUCACUGUGUUAUGCUUCACUUCGCCGGGAGAUGGCGCUAGGAGUGGCCCUGUCGCCGUGCAAACGCUGGAGGACGUGCCGGGGCCGGUGGCCAACAUGCGGUUCGAGGAUGUGACGGACCGCUCGGUGACGGUGCUGUGGGCGCCGCCGGAGCACCACAACGGCCACCUGACCGGCUACACACUGCGCCGCAUGGUGCAGGGCAUGCCGCACACACUGCUCGAGCAGAACGUCACCGCCAACGUCACGCGGCUCGAGGUCAACAACCUCCGGGAGCCAGUCGCCCCUCCGAGCCGACCCAGGAGUUCCAGACUAUCCAGGCGCCUCCAGCGCACGCGCCUCAUAACGUCACAGUGCGGGCCCUGUCCGCCACCAGUCUGCGCGUUGGAUGGAUUCCGCUGCAGCAGCUGGAGUGGUACGGCGUGCCACGGGGCUACAACGUCUCGUUCCGGCGGCUGAGCGAGGACGCCAGUCGCACGCGACUCGACACCAUCUCGAUCGAGGACCGCAACGCCAACUCGUUCGCGCUCGACCAGCUGGAGGAGUACGUGCGCUAUGAGGUCAUCGUGCAGAGCUACAACGACGUGGGCAGCAGCGAGCCGAGCGCGCCGGUCGUAGAGCGCACUCGCGAGUCAGUGCCGGGGGCAGGGCCAGAAGACGUCCAGGCGAACGUUACCUCCUCCACCACCGUUGUCGUGAGCUGGGGGGACAUCCUGCCGCUGCAGCGCAACGGCAUCAUCGAGGGCUACAAGGUGUAUUAUGGCUUCAAGGACACUGAGUUCAAGUAUAAGAUGAUUGAGGGAAACCAGACCCACACUACGACCCUGACGGAGCUGAGGAAGUUCACCAAGUACAGCGUGCAGGUGCUGGGUCGCACCCGCCUGGGCGACGGUGCUCUCAGCGUACCGCCCGUCACCGUGCGCACCUUCGACGACGUUCCCGGCGUGCCGUCCAACGUGAGCUUCCCGGACGUCAGUUACACGUUUGCCCGCGUCAUCUGGGACCUGCCGGCCGAGCCCAACGGAGUGCUGCUGGCCUACAAGGUUACCUACCACCCGGCCGACAGCACCAACAUCAACAUCACCCACGAGCUCGCUCCGGAGGACCGCACCUACAAGGCGACGGGUCUCCAGCCGGAGCAGUCCUAUAUGUUCCUCAUCUCGGCGCGCACCCGGCUCGGCUGGGGCCAGGUGGCGCGCGCACUCGUCUACACCACCAGCAACCGGGAGGCGCCGCAGCCGCCGUCGGCCCCGCAGGUGUCGCAGAGCCAGGUGCUCAGCGACCGGAUCACCUUCUCCUGGACCCCCGGCCGCGACGGCUUCGCCCCGCUCAGGUACUACACGGUGCAGACGGAGGAGGAGGGGGGCAGCUGGCAGACGCACCCGCUGCGGGUGGACCCGAUGGUGACUGCCUACACCGUCCUCAACCUGAAGCCGUUCACCACCUACCGGUUUCGGAUCCAAGCGACCAAUGACAAGGGUCCGAGCGGCUGGAGCGACCCCAGCGACUCCGUCAAAACACACCCGGCCGCGCCGCGCGCGGCGGUGACCGACGUCAAGGUCAUCCCGAUCACCACGACAUCUGUGCGCGUGGAGUGGCGGCCGGUGGCGCCCAACGCGUGGAGCGGUGACGCCGUCACCGGCGGGUACCGGGUGGAGUACCGUCCCCUCACUGACUUCCCGUCACCGAUGCUCGGCGCCCUGGAGAGCAGCGUCAUGGAUGUGCAGGCGCGCGCCCUGGUACUGGAGGAUCUGGUGCGGGACAGAAACUACGAGGUGGUGGUGGUGGCAUUCAACUCGCAAGGCGACGGUGCACCAACGCGACCCGUGCAG